AUGUUAAACUCGUUGUCCAUCUCGACAGCUAUUACCAUAUUGGUCAUGGCUACCUGCUCAGUUGUUGUUGAUGCUGCUCCUACAGCUCACGCUACCAAAGUUUCUGCUGCUGAUGCUACGAGUGCCACUCGUGUUCCUGGUUUGGAAAAGAUCAAGCAUGUUGUUUAUUUCAUGCAGGAAAACCGCUCCUUUGAUAACUAUUACGGUACCAUGUCUGGUGUUCGUGGUUUCGCUGAUCCCAACAUUGGCAUCCAGGACAACGGUCUCAACUUGCUCUACCAGCCUUGCUCCAAGAGCACUGAUGUCAAGAACGGCACCAAGUAUCUUUUGCCUUAUCAUCUUGAAGGUAAACGUGCUGGUUGUACUGCCGGUGGCUCCAACGAUUGGCUUGCCAACCACAAGGCUUUGAACAAUGGCAAGAACAAUAACUGGCCUGAUGGCAACUCACCCAACUCCAUGGGCUAUCUCAACAGAUCCCAGAUUCCUUUCCUUUACAGUCUUGCUGACGAAUUCACUAUUGCAGACAUGUACUUUCAAUCUGUCACUGGCCCUACUAAUCCUAAUCGUGUUGUCUGGAUGUCUGGUACCAACAGAGGUGGUCCCAACGACCUUGUGCUUGAAGACAACACAGAGAGUACUCCCCUUGAAUGGACCACUUACCCUGAAAUGUUGACCAAGGCCAAUACCACUUGGCAAGUGUAUCAAGACAAGGAUAACUUUGAUGACAACCCAUUGGCUUGGUUCAAGCACUGGCAAAGCCUGCCUGCUGGUGCCGAGAAGAACAAGGGCGUUGGGUUCCUUGGUCUGCAAGCUUUUUACGAUGCUGCUGCUGCUGGUACUUUGCCUGCCUUUUCCAUUAUUGUGGGCCCUACUGAAUUGUCAGAGCAUCCCAACAAUACUCCUUUGGCUGGUUCGUGGCUUCAACAACAAGUAGUCAAUGCUGUCAUGAAGGGUAAAAACUGGAAGGAUACUGCCUUGUUUAUCAAUUACGAUGAGUCUGGAGGCUACUUUGAUCAUGUCAUUCCUCCUCAAGCACCUAGCAGCGAAUGGGUUACUGACAAGUUUGACGGUAAUAAGGUGCCUAUUGGUUUUGGUCCUCGUGUGCCUAUGGUCAUUGUCUCUCCCUGGACUCGCGGUGGUAAUGUCUUUAGUGAAGUCUCAGACCAUACCUCCACACUCAAGUUUAUGGAAGAAUGGGUUGGUAAGGACAAUGCCACUGGCAAAUACCUCGCUCCUGCCGACAACAUCUCUCCUUGGGCUCGUUCUACCUCUUCCAACUUGAUCAAUGCUUUUGAUUUCGAGAACCCUGAUUACUCUAUCCCUACUUUUGAGGCUGUUCCCAAACCCGCUCAAGUCCUUGGUAAAUGGGCUCCUACCGAGAUGUGUGAACUCAUCAUCACUUCUCCCAAGACAAGUCCUCCAUACGGUAAGCAAGUAUACCCUACUGUGGAAGCAGGUGCUCGUCUCAUUCGUGGUGCUGUCACUGAGGGCCGUAAGCUCGCCUUCCAAACCGCUGACGGCAUGGUUCUCCAUUUGUCCACGGACUCCAAGAAGAUGGAAGUUCAAAAGCUUCAAAAGCGUGAUGGCAAGCCUACUUUUGCAAAGAAUGCCCUGUUCACUUUGAUCAAGACGGGCAAUGACAAGCAAUUCAAGAUACAAUCUGUUGCAAACCCUUCUGUCUGUUUGAAUGUCUGGGGAAGCGGUCUUGAUCUCGGUGAAUGUAAGGGCACCUCUUGGUACUUCCAACUGCAUGAUGGCCAUCAUCAUGUGCGUGAUGUUGGUACUGAUAGCUAUUUGACUGUCAAGACUGACAAUGUCAAUCUCUCCAACAGCCAUGAGACGCAUUAUAAAGUAUACUCUGUUACAGAGUAG